AUGGCAGGGCUCAACGCGGAGCAGCAGACUGCCUUUCAGACGCUGCUCGAGUUCGGCUGCGCGGAGACGGACGCACGGAAAGCGGUCCUGCGCUUCGGUGGGAAUGUCACGGCUGCUGCGAACUGGAUCUACGAUGGCGCGGUCGAAGGACCGGCUGCGACGGACGACGACGCUCCCCCUCCCCUCAUCUCGACCGACGAGGAGCUCCCGCACCCCUCGACACUCGGUCAGCCACCACCAUAUCCUGGACCGGAGCUACCUCCUUUCGGACCUGCACCCGCUGUCGAACAGAAGAACCUGAUCGACUUGACGAACGACGAUGAACCUCCUCCCACCUUUGCCCUGCCUCGCCUCCUUCCCGCUCCUCACCCUUCGCCGACUCUCGGUCCUUCGAACCCUCCUACCAGCGGCGAGGCCGACCUAGGCAAGGCGAUCAAGGCGUCGCAAACGGCCGCAGACGAUCAGGAUGCCGAACUCAGCAAGGCGAUCAGUUUGAGCAUGGCGUCGUUGGGAAGUACAGACGAGCAGGCUGUCAGCGAGGUCGAGAAGAUCAAGCCUGAGGACCGGAUUCGCGAUGGGAACAGUCCACCCGUACUUCGAGCGACCUCAGCCUUCAUGUCCGGCCUCGCCGCAUUCCUCCAAGCCCUCUACGCCGUUCCCUCGUUUCGCAACGCCAUCCUCUCCUACCGCCUGCCCGAGAAUCGACAGCACGAAGGCCUCGCAGUGGCGGACUUUAAGGACUACUGGAAGGGGGACGCCGGGAUCUCGAGUUUGGGGAUGCCGAUUCCUGUUGAUGGAGAGCAGGAGAAUCGCUUCACGCGUCUCGUCGCCUUGCAACGACUCUUCGCGCUCAUGACUGAGACGAAGCGCUCCUUCCUCCACAUCACCGAAGUCGUGCGAGCUUUCGGCUUACGCGAAAGCGAUUUCAAGCAACCGGGCGGAGCAUGGGUGUACAAGGUCUUGGAGGUGCAUUCGACGAUUGUCGACGACUUGCGGCUUGCGGCGGGCGAGGAGGCGCAGUACCGUCUGUCGCAGGGCGUAUCACCAGAAGAGGCGGAGCAGUAUGAGCAGCAGGCCACGAGCCGCUUCAUCUUCCGCGGCCGCGUCGUCACGGCGAACGAGCAUCUCGGCGCGCCUUUGCCUCCGAACGACGACGAUGUGCUCUCGAAUCCUCGCCUCUCGCUCCCCCUAAAUCCUUCCGCCGACCCUCCCGAAGACCUCUUCCGACUCCUCGACAAACAGCUCAUCACGUCGAACGGCAGCGACACCUUGCUCCACCUCCUCACCCAAGUCCCCACCGUUCUAUUCUUCCACAUCGACCGCAUCACGAACGUCACCUCGCUCGACUCCUUCGGUUCCGGCAAUAACGGCUUGCAAAAACGGGUCUUCCGCCCUACUCCGACUGGAAAGGAAGACGUAUGGCUCGAUCGGUACUGGGUCAAGAACCGCGUGCGGAUACAUGAGACGAGAAAGGAGAUCGCGAAGCUGGAUGCUGAGCUGGAUGAGGUCAAGAAGCAGAGGAAGGCCGUUGUCGUUACGGAGGACGGGAAGGACUUCCAGGAGCUUGUUCGAACAACGGUGGAGUACUGCAGGAGUGCGAAGGCGGAAGCGGGGAAUGUCGAGCGGGAGGAGCGGCAGAAGCGGAUGCGGGAGGAUUGGGAGAAGGUCGAGGAGGAACUGAAGCAAGCUGUCGAUGCCUUCGACACGCAGAUUGCCGACGUCAGCCUGCGGAUCGCCUCAGCUUUCGAAUCUCCCGACAUGCACAAGAUCGGCCCCUACCGUCUUACCUCGUUCGUCGUCCGCAACGGUCUAAAUGGACGAGGAACAGCGUGGUCAGUUGUUUGUGACGACGAGGGAAAGUGGUGGCGGACGGGUGACCUCGACAAGGAGGAGGUUUCGCUUGAGGAGGCGCUGGGCGAUCCGAGCGGCCUGAUGAUGGAUGCCGGCUCGACGUUCUUCUUCUACUCGAAGGUCGAAGAAGCAGAGGCGGAAGUCGAGGUCCCUCCGCAUCUCAAGAAUGCCGCUACUCGCGACAACAUCGAGUUCGCCUCGACGUUGCCCGAGUCGCACGCCGACGUCGUCGCCUCUUGGAACCUCCCGCCUCUUUCGUCCCUCGAGCCCGAAGCGAUCCAGAUCCCGCUCGGCGAGACGGCAGACGACGACACCGAUACCGUCAAGGACAUCUCGCUCGACAGCCCGCCGCCUGACGAUGUCAUGAUUGACGAGAAGGCUGCGAGCGAGGUCGACACGCCCAUGUCGCUCGAGGAGUCACAGCAGGUCGGCGAGGUCCCGGCGAUGCAUUUGCGAGGCGGCGCAACGAUCGAAGAUGAUGACGGUCAGGAGGACAGCGUCGAGCUCGACGAAGUGGACGAAGACGAAGAGAGCGAUUACGACGAUGAGAUUGACGAGGACGAAGUCGAGCUGGGACUCCUGCAGCCGAUGCCGGAGAAGAAGGAGGACUGGGACAUCGACUAUGCGGUCGGCAAGAUCGGAGGAGUGCCGAGGUGGCUCGACCCGCGAUCCCCUCUCACACCCGAAGAUGUUGAGUGCGGGGCGUGCGGCAAGACGAUGUCGAUGCUCCUCCAGGUCAAUUCGCCGGAUGACACCCGCCCUCACGCUGCCGCUCGCUCCCUCUAUGUCUAUGCUUGCCGCACGACCGGAUGCCUCGCCAAGAACGCCUCUCAAGCGGUCCGUGUCUGGAGGACACAGAUGGAGAGUCCCAACGCGUUCUUCCCGCACACGGAGGAGACGCUGAAGGAGCGUGCAAGACUUGAGGAUGCGCUCGACGCCGCGACUGCACUUGCGACCGCGCCCCCGUCUUCGGCAAAGCCUUGGCCAGAGUUCGACAUCGCCGCCGAGCCCGAACCUUACGAGGAGUCCUAUCUGCCUUCGGAAAACGCACCUGCAGCCGAAGCAGAGGAGGGAACGGAGGAUGCGGCGGCGACAGACACCAAGACCGGCGUCGACUCCGCCUUCCUGCACUUCCAGGAACGGAUAGAGCGCGAGCCGAAGCAGGUCUUGCGCUUCUACCGUUUGCCCGGCAUCGAAGACCCGCAGCCUCUGUGGGCGAGCGAAAACAAGAUCCGACCAGAGCAGGUCCCGACCUGCGAGCUGUGCCGCGGCGAGCGCAAGGUCGAGUUCCAGAUCUUGUCUACCCUCCUCACCUCCCUCGACGACGACUCAUUCGACUUCGACUCGAUCCUUGUCUACACUUGCGCGAACCACUGCCCGAUCCCGCCUCGCGAAGGCGGCAAGACAGGAUGGCAGGUCGAGUGCGCGUUCAAGCAAGACUUUGCGGCGGCGGGCGUCAAGUUUGGGCGGCGAUGA